AUGCCGACGACGGCGCCUAUAAUGGCGUUGCCGCCGCGCGCCUCCAUCAGCUCCCUCAUCUCCUUCAUCCAGUACCACCUGCGCUCGCUCCUCGCCGACCCCGCCGCGCUCCACGCCGCGCGCCGCCGCUGCCUCGCGCUGCUCGCGCAUCCUGCCCUGAGCCACGACCCUCCUAACACCACCGAGCCCAAACACGACGACGAAGACGAGGCCGUCCUAGCCGCACUGCACGGCGCCAUCGACGCGUUCCUCAUCCCGGCCUCCGGCGCGGACUCCGCCGUUGCCGCCUGCCUCACCGGCGUCGAGGAGGCGCUGCAGGCCCCCGCGCUGCUGCCGGUGCACGGCGAGACGGCGGGGCUGGACAACCGCCGCGUCGCCGCGUGCGCCUACUUCUACCUCGCGCUCGUGCGGCCGUCGCCGUGUGCCCCGCCGCGGUGGCCGCCGCGGGCGACGACGACCGUGCCGGCCUCGCGCCGCGCGCGCUCUGGGAGGGGCUGUUCGACGAGGGCGUGCUCACCAGGGCCGGCGCCGGCGCCGGCGCCCGGCGAGGAGGACGUGGCGCGCAGGGUGGCCAGGCGGUACAAGGACUGGCUCAUGUACUACAAGGUGGUGGCCGCCGCGCCGGACGCCGGCGGCGCCGAAAAUGGCGGGUGCCUUCAGUUAGGAACAUCGGGAAACUCUGUUGUUGCAAGAUGGCUGAAUUCUUCGGAGGAUAGAACAACCCAGUCAAUUGAUCAUGAAGGAAUGAGAACGGCCUCUGCAUCACGGUUCGGUGCUCAUGAUGGUCUCGCUGAGCUGAAGGAUUUUCUCAGCAUUGCAGAUCAAGAUUUCCAGGAAGAUACUAAAGGGAGCUCUGACAGCAGAUGCCUCCAUGAGAUGCUUGAGGAGUCGCAGUCCGGUUCACCUGUUUCCUUCUACUCACAUCUUGAUUCUAGUGAAGAAAGUGAUAGUGAGGCAGCUCCAUAUGACAAAGGCAGAUCAGCAAAGAUUAUGCCAAUAGAUGCAGAUUUCUUGGCAGCUAAACUCCAUGAAAGAUCAAGCCACAACAAGAAUCUGACAUGGUGCACAUCUCCUGAAAAUGCGAUGAUAUAUGCUCCAGAAUCUCCGAUGUACCAUGUCGAUGACAGCGAGAUGAAACCAAACGGUUUGCAGUCAAACAUAUCACAUGGCUCACUGAAUAAUCUGUCAAAUUCGGUUCUAGAACUGAAGAACGCUGACUCAUACUCCACAUCCAACUAUUCUGCCAAGGAUGGCAUGUUUCCACAGUGCUCACCAAGGUGUGAGGUCAGAUGCUUCAGCAACUUCUCGACCAAAUUCAUCAAGAAAAGUUCCCUGUCAGAUCUUGUCUCCAGAGGAAGCAUGAGCAGGAAAUUCAAGACUUCCACAACCAGUGAGGACUGGAGCGAUGUUAGUUCACGCUGGGGGAAGGACAGUCAGGUAGAUUUUCUUGAGAGGUUCGAGAACGCGGUAUCGAAACUAUUGGUUUCAGAUGGAUUAGAAAGCUGCCUAGAUGCUGGCUCUGAGGUCACAACUAUAUGGCAGUUAUUGAACAACACUUAUGAGGUGAGACACAAGUCAUCAGUAAGGCAAGACAUCCUUGACCAGCUGCUUGACAGCAUUUCGACAUCUAAGAAGGACAAAGUGAUCAGGGCAUCAGUAUAUGUACUACUGCUCAUGAUAUCUGAAGAUAGAAAUGUGAUGAGAGGCAUCAAGAGGAAGGACUUCCAUUUAUCCAAUUUAGCCACUGCAUUGAAGAGAGAUGUUCAUGAAGCAGCCAUUCUGAUAUAUCUGUUGGACCCUACACCUUUAGAGAUAAAAAACUUGGAUCUGUUGCCCUCGCUUCUACGUGUUGCCUGUAACUCAGACACCCAAAAAUGGCCUGCAAUGCUUCCACUUACACCGACAUCAGCAUCGAUAGCUCUCAUUGAGAUCCUAGUGACAGCAUUCGACUAUGUAACAAACAAUGUUCACUUGGCUUCCCUCAGCUCCCCUCCUAUUUUGUCGAAGCUUGUUGAUGUUGCGAAGAACAACAACUUGGAAGAAGGUGUCGCCCUGGCAGCAAUUCUCAUCAGAUGUGGGCGUCUCAAUGGUAACUGCAAGAAGUUCCUGUCACAGGCUACUCCAGUGGACCCAUUCCUUCACCUUCUCAGACGAAAAGAGCACCGUGCCAAGUGUGCUGCACUUGAAUACUUCCACGAGAUUCUUCAGAUUCCCCGGUCCUCGGCAAACUGUCUGCUCCAAGAAAUACGACGGCAAGGAGGCAUUGCAAUUAUGCACACGUUGAUGGCCAGCCUCCAUCAAAUUGAACCUGAACAUCGAGUUUUAGCAGCUAGCCUUCUCCUGCAAUUAGAUAUGAUGGAGAAAACAGAUGGCAGGAGUGUGUUCCAAGAUGAAGCGAUGGAGGUCCUAUUGGACUCUCUAUCAUCUCAAGAAAACAGUAAAGUGCAGGUGUUAUCAGCAUCAUUUCUUUCAAACCUUGGAGGGACUUAUUCCUGGUCAGGAGAACCAUAUACUGCAGCAUGGGUCGCAAAGAAAGCGGGUCUCACAUCAACAUCUCAUAGAAAUACAAUCAGGAGCAUCGACUGGCUUGAUUCUUGCCUGCAGGAUACAGAAAUAAUCACAUGGAGCAGUAGAUCCGCACGAGCAAUUAUUAAAAUAGGAAUACCGUUUAUCAGCGCUUUAGCCAAAGGAAUGCAGAGCAAGAUCAAGGGAAUCUCACAUGAUUGCCUUGUAUGCACUGCAUGGCUUGGAAGUGAGCUGGCUGCCCUUGGUGAAAAUGCCAUCAGAUAUUCUGCUUGUGAGAUUUUGUUACAUGACAUAGCAAGUCACCUGCAUCCAGGGUUUGAUCUUGACGAAAGGGUUCUAGCAUGCAUGUGUCUAUACAAUUACACCUCUGGAAAAGGAAAGCAAAUGUUGAUGAGCUUGUCAGAAGGGUCCCGAGAAUCUCUUAGGAGGCUUUCAUCAUUCACAUGGAUGGCUGAGGAAUUACUUCAAGUUACAGAUUAUUUUCUUUCCAGCAAACCACGUGUAUCAUGUGUACAUACACAAAUCCUGGAAAUUGGUCAGCCUAGCAAUGGUGCAGCAACUGCUAUAGCAGUCUUCAGAGGACAGCUUUUUGCUGGUUAUUCUAAUGGCACCAUCAGGGCAUGGGACAUAAAAGGCCAAAGGGCAGUAAUUAUCAGGGAGGUAAAAGAGCACAAGAAGGCAGUGACUUGUUUUACACUAUCGGAAACUGGGGAGAACCUUCUGAGUGGAUCAGCAGACAAAUCCAUUCGGGUAUGGGAAAUGGCACAGCGCAAGCUUGAGUGUGUCGAGGUGAUUCAGACAAGAGAGGCUGUACAAAAGCUUGAUAUUUGUGGUGACAAAAUCCUUGUACUGACGCAGAACAAUGUUCUCAAGUUCUCUUGUGCAUCAAGAAGCAGCCAAACAUUGUACAGGGGCAAGCAUGUCAAAUCUCUAGCUGUAUGUCAGGGCAAAGCUUACCUUGGUUGCACAGACUUGAGUAUACAGGAACUAGACAUGUCAGUUGAAUCCAAGAUUGAGAUAAGGGCACCUAAAAGAAGAUGGAGGAUUAGGAAACAAUCCAUUAGCGCCAUUGUUGUAUAUAAAGAUUUGUUGUAUUGUGCUGGUGCUCAAGUGGAAGGUUCAGCCUUAAAGGACUGGAAGAAACGAUGCAAACCUAAUAUGACAAUGCCACUACCAAAGGGAACAAGUGUAGAGGCAAUGGCAGUGGUGGAAGACUUCAUCUACUUGAACUGCAGUAAAAGCCCUAGCAUCAUUCAGAUAUGGCUGAGGGAGAAGCAGCAGAAAGUAGGAAGGCUAUCUGCAGGAAGCAAGGUGACGAGCUUAUUCGCCGCGAACGACAUGAUCUUCUGCGGUACAGAAACUGGAUUAAUUAAGGCAUGGAUCCCAUUGUGAAGACUAGAAGCAAAAGGAACAGAGGAAGGCUCAAUCUUGUAAAUGCAAAGGAAAGCUAGAGUGUACAGGAAACAUGAAAAAACAAAAAAGAGAGCAUAGCAUUGUAUAAGCCCUCAGGAGGACACAACAGCACAGCUGGCAUAUUUGUGUGUAAACUCCAUGAUUAGCUUGUCCUUCAAAAUGAUGACUAGUAGCUUCAUAAUGUAAAUACUAAAUAGUGUGUGUGUUUUGGGAAGGGUUGGUGAUUGUGAAUGUCAAUAAAAGUAGAGUAAAUUUCUUAGGACGGCAUAUACUUGUGGCAGUAAUACUAUCCAAGAAUGGGAUUUUUAUGAAAUCAUUA